AUGUUACAACUCACCCCCACUCACUAUGCGCAACGUCCUCGUUGCGCACCUGGAUCGUCACCCCCUGACGGUGUGAGUCAAGGCCACUUCAACUUGACUCCACACUCUCGUCUGGGUUUGGCUCUGAUACCAAAUUAUAACGCCCCGACCGCCCCUCCCGGUCAAUUGGUGGUAGCUUCCUGUAGGGAAGGCUACUUAAAGGGUGAGGUCUCAGGUUCGAGUCUCACCAACAACCUAGGUUGGUAUAGUGGCUGUGGCCUUAUACACCGGAGGGGUUGGGGUGUAUUGGGCUGCAGCCCUAACAGCGCCGGGCCGGCGGUGGGCUGGUGA